ACGACUAAGGCAAAUGGCCCAUUAGACCCAGAAACGAUCAAAGCUCGUCGGUAGCUUGCUGCCUCAGUAGUCCAUCCCAAGAACCGGCCGGAAUUAUCAUCCGUCGCAUUUCAACCACCGCAGCCCGCUCCAAUUCUCCAUUGCCGCCGGUGAAAUCUUAUGGUCUAAUAGCAAACAAGUAGCAAGUGACCCAUCAGGCGAGUCGCGCUGAUCCGGCAAGCCGAUUUGCUUCCGCCAUUAAAGCCGGCGCUGGUCACUGGCGGCAGCUGUUCGGACAGCUGAAGAAAAGAGAGACAUGGAUCCGGCAAAUACACCACUGGGCAGGAUGCUGCUGGAGGAGAUCACUCCGGUUAUCAUGGUGCUGAAUACCCCUCUUGUUGAAGAAGCCUGCCUGAAGAACGGCCUCUCAUUAAUCCAGAUGCUCAGCCCCUUCUGCUCGUUCAACAACAUUGACGUGCCCGUACGCACCGCAAGUGAUCAACCUUACAGGAUUAAGAAAUUCAGUUCACGGUUGUUUUACGGUUCAGACAUUCGUCAACCUAAUUUAGAGGCAUCAAAAGAGCGACUGAAACAGGUUAUUACACAAGCCAGCGAGAAAGAUCUUUCUAAAUUAUGUUCYGACCCUCCUCAAAUUAAUGAUGUAGCUGCCUGUUUUGAGUCUGCAAUUCUACCUUCAUGGUUUCAGUUGUUUAACAAAGAGCUUAUACGUACUAUAUCCUUUUCGGAACAUGAAGCUUUUGAUCAUCCUGUGGCAUGUCUUUUGGUUGUCUCCUCAAGCGAAGAUCAUCCUGUCAACAGAUUUGUUGAUCUCUUUGGCACAAAUAAAUUGCCCUCUCUUCUAAAUGAUGGUGCCACAGACCCUAAGAUUUUGAAGCAUUAUUUGUUGUUGCAUGAUAAUCAAGAAGGCUCUUCAGAGAAGGCAAGUAAAAUACUAACUGAAAUGAGGAGCACAUUUGGUUCAAAUGACUGCCAAUUACUUUGCAUCAACUCAUCUCAUGAUGGACUUAUUGAACGGCAAGAUGAUCCUUGGGCCUUGUUUAAGUCUGAUGCUUCGUCUGGUAAGCAACUUGGCUGCUUUCUUAGCAAUGAGGAUCUAAUUGAGAUCAGAGAGUUAAUGCAAGAUUUGACGUCAAAACAUAUCAUUCCCUACAUGGAGCAAAAAAUACGAGCAUUAAAUCAACAGGUGUCUGCUACAAGGAAAGGUUUCAGAAAUCAGAUAAAAAACUUAUGGUGGAGAAAGGGGAAAGAAGACACAGUAGAUUCUCCAAGUGGCCCAACGUAUACCUAUAAUUCCAUCGAGUCUCAGAUUAGAGUAUUGGGUGAUUAUGCCUUCAUGUUGCGGGAUUAUGAACUUGCAUUGUCCAAUUACCGUCUGAUUUCUACUGAUUACAAACUUGAUAAAGCCUGGAAACGUUAUGCUGGUGUCCAGGAGAUGAUGGGGCUUGCAUACUUUUUGCUGGACCAGUCAAGAAAGGAAGCUGAGUAUUGCAUGGAAAAUGCAAUUAAUACUUAUUUGAAAAUGGGACCAUCUGGUCACCUAAAUGCAACACGCUGUGGUCUUUGGUCGGCAGAGAUGUUGAAGGCAAGAGAACAGUACAGAGAGGCUGCUGCUGUUUACUUCCGUAUUUGUAAUGAGGAACCUUUACAUUCUGCUGUCAUGCUUGAGCAAGCAUCGUAUUGUUACCUGUUAUCCAAACCUCCUUUGAUACGCAAAUAUGGAUUUCAUCUUGUUCUUUCUGGUGAUCGUUACAAAAGAAUGGAUCAAAUUAACCAUGCAAUUCGUACAUAUAGAAAUGCAAUUGCUGUUUUCAAAGGAACAGCAUGGAGCCACAUCAAAGAUCAUGUACAUUUCCAUAUUGGACAGUGGUAUGCUUCUCUUGGUCUAUAUGAUGUUGCCGUCACUCARAUGUUAGAAAUUCUUGACUGUAAUCAUCAGUCGAAGGCAACACAGGAGUUGUUCCUUAAAGAUUUUCUAAAAAUUAUUCAGAAAGCAGGAAAGACAGUCAAGGUGUUAAAACUACCAUUGCCCAAGAUCAACUUCUCGUCAUUAAAGGUUAUCUCUGAAGAUCAUCGAACUUAUGCAUCAUCUGCAGCUGCUAAUGUUAGAGAAAGUUUAUGGCGUUCGAUGGAGGAGAACAUCAUUCCAUCAUUAUCCUCUGGGAGGACAAAUUGGUUGGAGCUACAGUCAAAGAUUAUGUCAAAAAAGUAUAAGGAAUCAAAUAUUUGUGUCGCAGGAGAACCAGUGAAAGUGGAUAUUGUAUUUAAAAACCCUCUUCAGAUGCCUAUUUCAAUCUCUAGUGUCUCCSUGAUAUGUAGUCUUUCUUCAAAAACUGAUGAAACUGAAWCUGGUACUUCAAAUCUUCUAUUUUGUAAUUUUAAUUUCUGUUUACUUUUUCCAAAUGGGAGAAUGAGUGUCAUUGAUGAUACAGAUACAAAUAACAGAACUGCUAAUCUCCAGAAUAAUACUGAACUCGAGUGGUCAUCUGAUUGGGAUAUGAGAUUGGACAAUGCUUCACUUACUUUGUCAGAACUUCACCUCUCAUUAGAAGGGAAUGAAGCAAAAGUUGUGCAACUAACAGUUACUCCCAAAAUAGAAGGCAUCCUACAAAUUGUUGGUAUUAGGUGGAAACUAUCAGAUUCUGUCACGGGUUUUCACAAUUUUAUUAACGAUCUGGGAAAGAAGAAUAUUGCUAAGGGGAGGCAGAAUGCUAAGUAUUCUCUUGCUGAUAACCUGAAGUUUUUAGUGAUCAAGAGUCUACCAAAGCUUGAGGGUAACAUUCUGUCACUUCCUAAAGUGGCAUAUGCUGGAGAUUUACRGCGCCUUGUCCUUGAGCUGAAAAAUCAAUCAAAAUUUUCUGUGAAGAAUUUGAAAAUGAAGAUCAGCCAUUCACGAUUCCUGAAAAUUGGGAAUGAAGAAAAUAUGAAUGCAGACUUUACUGCUUGCUUGGAGAAGCCAAUUAAUAGUAAACAGGGAGUACGUGCUAUCUCCAAUCCAACAUCAAAUGACACAUUUUUGUUUCCAGAGGAUACUUCAAUUCAAGGCGGAACACCCUUACAGUUGCCCCUUUGGCUUCGAGCUGCUGUCCCUGGAAAUAUAUCCUUGUACAUUAGCAUAUAUUAUGAGAUGGAAGAUGUAUCAAAUGUCAUGAGAUAUCGCAUCCUACGCAUGCAUUACAGCAUUCAGGUUUUGCCAUCCCUGGAUUUGUCAUUCCAAAUAAGUCCAUGCCCAUCAAGAUUGCAUGARUUUCUUGUACGAAUGGAUAUUAUCAACAAGACUAGCUCUGAGGUUUUCCAAAUUCACCAGUUGUCAUCUAUUGGACGGAACUGGGAACUUUCGUUACUUCAACCUGUUGAUACUAUUUUUCCUUCGCGAGCUUUAAUGCCUAAUCAAGCAUUGUCAUGUUUCUUCGUUCUUAAGAAUAUGAACAACUCAUUAGGUUCUGAAAACAAAGUAUCUUCUGUACCGGUGCUACUUGAAAGUGAUCUAAAGUUGGGUCCUCAUAGUAUUGAUGAACAGUUCUUUGAUACGGCUAGUUUACCUCUAGCUGCUUUCCAUUAUUCUGAAAGACUGUACCAAGGAACGUCAAACCAGGCCCUAAAUACAGUAGACUUUAUAUUGAUCACUCGACCGCUUAAGAAUGCUACUGAUCCUGAAAUUUCUGAUUCACCUCGUCUAUUUUCUCAUCACGUGUGUCAUUGUAGUACUUCAAGCARCAGUCCUAUAUCGUGGCUACUCGAUGGGCCUCGGAGUUCAUAUCACAACUUCUCCACUUCUUUCAGUGAAAUCAAUUUCAAAAUGACAAUCUACAACUCAUCAGACUCAAUUGCAUCUAUACGCAUUAAAACAAUUGAUUCAGUACAUACGAGUGAAGGUAGCGAAACUGCUGCUCCCCAAUCUCCUAGCUCUUCUGGAAACCAAACAGGAUGGCACUAUGUUUCCCUCACACAGGACAUUAAGGUCACGUCUGAUGUUCUGGGAGCACAAAUGGCCGAGUCAUCGUCACUCGAGAGUGUCUCUCCAUUUAUCUGGUCCGGAACAAGCUCAACCACAGUACAAAUUGAACCCAAGUCCAUGACUGAAGCUCCUCUUCAGAUCUGUAUAUUUUCUCCUGGAAUAUAUGAUCUAUCAAACUAUAUUUUACAGUGGGAACUUCUACCGUCACCUGGUUCAGGAAACGAUGGAACAACAGCCGUGUCAUCAGGAACAUGCCGGGGCUAUCCAUACUAUCUAACAGUCCUUCAAUCUACUUGAGAAAUUUCAGAUUCGUGUAUGCAGGUCCUUCUUCCAUUCAUUUUCGCUUUAGGAAUGUUUUGGUAGCAUUGUUAUUAUAAUUCUCCUUGUGAAUUAUAUUCAUAUGAAAAGCAUUUUUGAUGGGGGUAGGAAGCUCAAUCAAGUUUAUCUAGGAGACAUAAAUUAAAUUCUUUACUGGUGUUGGUGUAAUAAGGGGAAACUAGAACUACAAUGGCUUUUUCACCCUGUCACUGUAUACAGACUCACAUACGUUGGAUUAGAGAGAUUUGGGUUUAUUCCAAGUUAUAGAAAUUUUAAUUUUUUCUCUCUGAAAUUUUGAAGUUUGAAGAAAA